AGCCUCGUCCACGCGGGCCUCCCUCCCCGCGCAGUGGGUCGAGCCCCUGUGGGCCCUCGUUGGGGGUCGUGCGGAUGCAGAUGCAUUAGCAGAAACUGUAGACGGGGACCCGAGGCGGGUCCCAGGCUUCGAGGAACUUGGUUGGCUGUUCGGUCGGUUCGGUGGACUUUUCCUCGGAAGCAGAGCGCUCAUGCGUGGGCGAGGCUGUGCGCCUUUAGUAGAACCCGGCGAGUUUGCCGAGGAGUCCAGUCGGGGAACCCCCGGUUACCUAACCCUGCCCUUCAGCUCAGCCCCCUCCCACCCUCCGGUCUUGUGAGAGCGGCAUGGAGCACGAAGCCGUGUACCUUCCAGCAUAUUCUAAGGUGGAUGCUGCAGGGUCCAGGCUCCCCAGGACUCGAUCCACACCGCGAACUUGGUGCCGCACGACCCUCGUUCCCGCUCCCUGCUCCCCCGGGGCUUGGGACCCUGGCGGACUGACACCCCUGGUUCCGGCGUCAUCUUCAGCUGAGCCAUGGCAACUCCGGAUGUGAGUGUCCACAUGGAGGAGGUGGUGGUGGUCACAACGCCAGACACCGCAGUGGACGGGAGCGGCGUGGAGGAGGUGAAGACUGUGCUGGUGACGACAAACCUGGCUCCUCACGGGGGCGAGCUGGCGGAGGACAGCAUGGAGACGGAAAACGCAGCAGCGGCUGCGGCGGCUGCUUUCACAGCGUCCUCGCAGCUCAAGGAGGCCGUGUUAGUGAAGGUGGCUGAAGAAGAGGAGAGCCUGGAGGCUGAAAUCGUGUACCCCAUUACCUGCGGAGACAGCAGAGCCAACCUGAUUUGGAGGAAGUUCGUGUGCCCCGGCAUCAAUGUGAAGUGUGUCCAGUAUGACGAGCAUGUGAUCAGCCCAAAGGAGUUUGUGCACCUGGCCGGCAAGUCCACCCUGAAGGACUGGAAGAGGGCCAUCCGCAUGAACGGCAUCAUGCUCAGGAAGAUCAUGGACUCCGGGGAGCUGGACUUUUACCAGCACGACAAGGUCUGCUCCAACACCUGCCGCAGCACCAAGAUCGACCUCUCAGGCGCCCGUGUGUCCCUGAGCAGCCCCACCUCAGCCGAGUACAUUCCACUCACGCCUGCCACGGCCGACGUGAACGGGUCUCCCGCUACCAUCACCAUAGAGACCUGCGAGGAUCCCGGUGACUGGACCACGGCCAUCGGAGAUGACACCUUUUCCUUCUGGCGAGGGCUCAAGGACGCGGGUCUGCUGGACGAGGUCAUACAGGAGUUCCACCAGGAGCUGAUGGAGACCAUGAAAGGCCUGCAGCAGCGGGUCCAGGACCCCCCCCUGCAGCUCCGAGAUGCCGUGCUCCUCAACAACAUCGUGCAGAACUUCGGCAUGCUGGACCUGGUGAAGAAGGUGCUGGCCAGCCACAAGUGCCAGAUGGACCGCUCGCGGGAGCAGUACGCCCGAGACCUGGCAGCCCUGGAGCAGCAGUGUGAUGAGCACCGCCGUCGGGCCAAGGAGCUCAAACUUCUCACCAUGGGUGAGUGGCCCCGGAGGACCCUCUGA